UUCCGCUCUCCCCGCAGGAUGGGGGGGCAGGGGAACCGGGAGGGAGAGACGCGAGCUGAAGUUAUGGGCCGAGAGAUCAGGCGCUUCUCGCUCCCAGUCCCCGUGUUCCCCCAGGAAGUCGGGCCGCUCAGACAAGAAGGCCCGUCGACACCUUCAUCACAAUUGUCAUCAACGAUACAUGAUCAUGCCUAUGUUUCCAUGUACAGUCUCGGAUCGCGAGGUUUCACCGUCUCUGGGCUCAUUCCACACUCAUCAUAUAUCUUAUCAGCGAUGGCGUACGGUGCGUUGCUCGUCGGCCUGCUCGCGGUCCCAGCGUCUGGUUUGGUGGCGGAGCGAGUGCCAGAGUCUUGCCUGAAGCGUGCUUCGUGCAAGGGCACCUUCCACUACGCCCCCCCGUCAAAGCCACAGGCGCCUGGCAGUGGAGAGGUCAGGCUGACGGACCUCGUUCCCCAGACGGCGGAGCUGUCGAGCCAGGCGUCGAUCGAGCAGUGCAUUUCCGAGUGGAAGACGUUCGACAUGAAGAUCGGCAACAAUCAGAACGUCAAGUCCACGAACGAAGAGGAUCUGAAGAUCUUCGAUCGUUUCUUCAGCGGGGCGUCCGGUGGGACCGCGCGAACGCAGGGAUUCUUCCUGGAGAUGGGCGCGUUCAACGGGCUCGCGGAAUCCAAUUCACUUUUCUUCGAGCGUUGCCUGGGAUGGACGGGCUUGCUCGUGGAGGGCAACCCCAAUCAGUACAGAGUCAUGGUCGAGAACAAUACGAGGCCGUCGGCGCACAAGCUCAACGUCGCCCCAUCUUGUGCGUCCGACGACGAGGAGGUGCAAUUCGUCUUGGGGCAGACGGAGUCGGGGCUGGUUGACAUGGUCGGUUCGAACCCUGCUAAAGAGAUCGCCAACGUGCACUGCGGGCCGCUUUCCCUGUACCUGCGCGAUCUCGGCAUCGCCCAAGUCGACUUCUUCUCCCUGGACGUGGAGGGUGCAGAGCUCCUGGUGCUUAAGACGGUCGAUUUCAGUAAGGUCAGAAUCCCCGUGGUCAUGGUGGAGUCGUGGAACAGGGACUGCAAGGAGGACUGUCCCAAGCGCGAAGCCGUUCGCGAGCUUAUGCUCUCCAACGGGUACACGCUGGAUACCGGAUUGGUGCCCAAGAGCGACGUGUUCUAUUUGGUGGACGAAGUCUGAGUCGUUGCCGGGACGUACUCCGUGCUGCCAAUGCAUGCACCCAGCCAGCCUGGCCCAGUACAAGACUCAAGGCAUCGUGAGGAUUGCUGACAACCUGACACGGUUAGGACUCCCCUGCGAUGUUUAUUUUUCAAACUUUGAGGUGGCAAGGCUUAAGGAGCUGAGGCCUGGCUUGAUGGUACUUGGAUGAGUCGACGCAGAGCAUUGAUCCUCGGCUUGGGGUCGGCCCCUGUAACGAGCCCAGGCUGGCCGAGUAUAGUUGCAAUCGUGCCCUUAUUAUGUUGAUGGCCCAGCCAGGUCGGAUCCAAUCCGCCAGGUUGGCACGUGCCAGCCAAGUUGGACUUUUCAAGCCGCAUCGAUGUGAUUUCCGCCCCGGGCCCAAGCAACUCGUCGCCUAUCUGGCCAAGCCUGGUAUAUCGGUAGUCGGCCAAGCCCAAUCCUGGCGUGCCUGCAUUCGGCCCCUCUUGGCCGCGCGCAU